UGGGUGGUUGAUAUCUACUAUUGGAUGUUGUUUGUUUACUGAUAAGACUAAGAGUCGGCUUUUUUCAAAGAUCUUGCUUGAUCUCGAUAGACUGGAUGAUGUACCGAAAUAUUCUUGGGGAUCGGCUUGUUUAGAUUUUCUUUACCGCCAGCUAGGUGUAGCUUCACGGUCAGAGUCACGAGGUAUCGGAGGUUGUUUGAUGCUUCUUCAGGCGUGGAUUUAUGAGCAUUUUCCUUGUUUCCGACCUCGCUCGGUCCGAAAAGAUGUAGGACCUGAUGAACCUCUAGCAUCGAGUUGGGUUUAUGCUGCUGAGAGUAAGGACAAGUAUAGAUUGGUUUCGUUUCGUGCUAGGCUUGAUAGAUUGACACCAGAGGAGGUUGUGUGGACACCAUUUUGCGACGACCCCGCUGUUCAGUGUCCGAGAACUGUUUACAUGGGGCCAAUAUGUUAUCGUGAUAUCGGUGAGAUGUAUAACCUUGAUCGUGUUACUAGGCAGUUGGGGUAUAUGCAGCGUAUUCCGCAGGAUGUCCUGUUCAUUGGCAAAGCGUAUAGGCCACCUAACUUUAGGCAUUAUGAGGUGGAUUUCCACGACUUGUCAUAUGUAUCAAAGUGGUGGGAUCGUUUUGCAGCCGGUUACUCCUCUUGCCUGAUUCUCUCGUCUUUGGCGCCUGUUCCUGAAGGUGUGCCUUACGCGUUUGAUGAGCAGUACAUGAGUUGGUUCCUCGAAUGGUCUCAUCCACACAUUACUCCUGGUUUUGGUGAAGUUCCGGUGGUUACGCCUAUACAUGAUCGGACUCAUACCGAAUAUUGGGUUGGCCGAUAUGAGCAAGUGAUCCAUGCGUUAUUACAAGAGAAGAAUGAUCCGAGUCACCCGACUACAUUAGCCGCUACAGAGUUCAAGAGUGGAAGGUUGUUUGUGAUAGCAUGUGAUCGUAUGAGAGUUUCUAUAGACUUUGUUAUUGAUUUCAUUUUGUGGACAUUUUAUGGAUUUUAUAUGUAAUUUCGUUUUAGACUUUGUUAUUUAUUUCAUAUCGUGGACACUUUAUGGAUUUGUAUGUAAUUUCGUUUUAUGGACAAUUUAUUUGAUUACAUUUUAUGGACUUUAUAUCUA